CACAAACUCACAACAACAAAAGACAACUCAAAAACCCAGACGAGGUGUAAAAGUGUUGGAAGUGUAAAACCUUGUUAAAACCCUAAUAGAAAUGUCCCUAAUAAUCCGCCUCUCCCGCCAAAAACAACCACCACCACCACCACCACUCUCACUCCACCUCACGCUCCUCACGCGCCUCCUCUCCACCACCACCACCACCACCACCUCGUCUUCCUCAAAACUCCACAGCCGCUACUCCUUCAAACCCCCAACUUCCCUUUCCCCAAAACCCCAAACCCCAAACCCUAACCCUAUCCCCAAGAAAAAGCUGAAACCCCAGUACCGUCCGCCUUCCUCGCUCGAUCGGACCGGGCUGAAGCCGAUACGCUCCGAAUUGCCAUUCGAUUUCCGGUACAGUUACACGGACAGCAGCCCAAACGUGAGGCCAAUUGGGCUCCGGGAGCCCAAGUACUCGCCUUUCGGGCCGGGCCGCCUCGACCGCCAAUGGACCGGCGUGUGCGCCCCGGCUGUGGACCCCAAGGCCCUUACCCUAGAGGCCGCGGAGGACCCGAAGCUGGAGGAGAAGAGGAAGAUGAUGAGAGAGAGAGUUCAGGGAAUGCCACUCACUGAGUCUGAGAGGAAGAUUCUGGUUGAUAAGUGUCAGAGGCACAAGACCAAGAGGCAAAUCAAUCUCGGAAGAGAUGGUUUAACCCACAACAUGCUGAAUGAUAUCCAUAAUAAUUGGAAACAUGCCGAAGCAGUGAGGAUAAAAUGUUUAGGUGUUCCCACUGUGGACAUGAAAAAUGUGUGCACUCAGCUUGAGGAUAAAACAUUUGGAAAGAUCAUCCACAGACAUGGUGGCCUACUUGUAUUAUAUAGAGGCAGGUACUAUCAUCCCAAGAAAAGGCCUGUGAUUCCGUUGAUGCUGUGGAGACCCCACGAGCCUGUAUAUCCCAGGCUGAUCAAGACUACUAUUGAUGGCCUAAGCAUUGAGGAGACAAAGGAAAUGAGAAAGAGAGGACUAGCUGUUCCCCCUUUAACAAAACUUGCCAAGAAUGGUUAUUAUGGUAGUCUGGUGCCCAUGGUCAGAGAUGCUUUCCUCUCCUGUGAACUGGUUCGGAUAGACUGCAAGGGUCUUGAGAAGAGUGAUUACAAGAAAAUAGGCUGCAAACUCAGGGACAUGGUGCCUUGUAUCCUGGUUACAUUUGAGAAGGAGCAGAUUGUGGUUUGGAGAGGAAAGGACUACAAGCCUAUAGAAGAUGGAUACUUCCUUCCAGACCGUGAAUCAUUUGAUGAUCCAGAUGAUAGUUCAUCGGAUGGUAGUUUGGUUUGUGGUGAAGAGGGGCAUGACAGUGUGGAUGGCACCAGAGGCCAACAGGACUUCUACUCUGGUGAUGAUGAGGAGUAGUUCGUUUAGCACCAAUUGGAUGUUGUUCAUCACUGUUAUGUUUGUGUUCUCCAUUCUUCAAAGAUCAAGUACAAGCAAAAGCGAUAGGUACUUGUAGGAUCAUACUAAAAAGGUUAUUGUUAUGCACCCAUUAGUUGCCUGUAGAUCUUAUAAUGAAGGUGAAAAAAGUCUAGGGACACGUACUUUGUCACACACUUUGUUACAACUUAUACAUAUGUCAAGUGAUGAUUGGAUUACUUUUCAUCAAAUACCAUUUGUGGUCCAAUGUGUAAUUGAUGUAAUUCAAUCACAAGUUGACAAAUUUGCAAAUCGUGACAAAGUGUGUGACCCUAGAAGAAUUGGAUGGAAGUUGUAUCUUAUGUAAUGGUUGAAGCAAUCAACAUGUGGGGUCCACGGGUUUGUAGUCCCCACCAACUGUGAAUGAUGCUUAAGAUAAUGCUCCCUUGUAAUGAGCCUUUUCAUGCUCACUUUUGGGUGCUCUUCCCUCUCCAAUCCUAGUGUAGGAAAAGAACCAAAGAAUGAUUGGGAAUGAGGAGACUGUGUAUUGAAUCAGAUAAUCAUGUCAGACUAUUUAUUGUAUAGAUCCCAUAUAGAUGGGAUUCACACAAUUUUGAUAGCAAAAUACCUGGUGCAGCACAUGCACCAU